CCCGCUCAGUUUCGUUUCGGCAAUCAUUCGGAUCACACGGCAAAAGUCGCUAUAACGCCUUAGAUAAUGGUCUAUCAACCGUUUCGACUCCUGCUGGGAGUCAUCUUGCUUUCCAUCUGCGUAUGUGAUGCUUCCCUUCCACAUCCUUUGGCCGCAAAUUAUACCUACGACAUCCUGCGACUGGCCAAAGCGGCUCACAUUAAGGCUUACAUGGGCGAGGAUAAAGAGGAGGCAUGUUCCAACUUUUACAACUAUGCCUGCGCCAAUUGGCCACGUUUGCAUCCGGCUCGUUUGUCCAGUCAAAGGACCAAUUACCUGGAGGAGCUACAGGAACUGUACAUCAGGAAAAGCGCUGAGAUGCUCAAGAGUGCCACAAGAGGUGCUGAGAACAGUGCCGAUCGGCAGUUGAAGAACUUUUAUAACUCGUGCCGCCUUCAAUCCAAUGACACCCGAUCCGCAUUGGCCACCCUGCAAAAUGUGGCUGACUUCCGUGGUGGUUGGCCGGAGAUUCGAGUUCCCUCCUGGUAUCAGUACGAGUACGAUUGGCUGCAGGUGGUGGCCAAUCUGAAACGUUCUCUUGGCGUAGACAUCUUCAUAGGCUUAAGUGUAAUUCUCGACUACAAGGAGGAGAAAAUGCAUCGCUUGAAGAUCGGCGCUCCCGAAUUUCCCAUGUCACGCCGCCACUAUUUGGAUGACCACUUUGAAGGCACUUUGGAACUCUACGAACGUUCGAUCGAGAAGAAGCUACAUCUAUUUGUCCAAAUAGAGCAGCAGCUGGCCAAGGGAUUGCCACACAAUGCGGCGCUUACCCUGGAGCAAACCACUCGCCAGAGGACCGCCGCCGAGAUGAAGUCCGCCUAUGGUAGCUUUGUAGAUGUUACCCGCUAUUUGCAGCUCAUCUUCAACGACAACCUAUACAUGGAUUUGUAUGAGACGCCAGAGGAUUAUCUUUCCAAUUUGGUGGAUGUGAUAAGGGAAACGCCUAAGCUGCAGCUGGCAAACUAUACGAUGUGGAAGGCUGAGGCUUUGGAUGCUGCUCGAGUGCCGCCAUCCCAGCAACCGGAUAUUUGGUGUGUCCAACUGGCCCAACAAUAUUUCCCCCAUCAGCUGGAGAGCCUGUUCCAUCGCAACUACAAUCACAUGCAGAUGAUCAAUGAGCUACAGUCGACAUGGUCGGAUAUCAAACGAGUCUUUCGCGAGGAUCUGCAGGCAUCGGAGCGAUUACUCUGGCUUACGUUGGAGACCAGGCAAAAGGCCAUCACCAAGCUGGAGUCUUUGAAGCUGCAGUUUCGAACCCACGACGACAACAAGUUGAUCCGACAGAUGCACGGCCUUAAUCUGCACAUAGAACGCUUUUACCCGAAUUUGGUAGAGGUCCUCAAGUGGAAGACACAACGCGGUUUGGCCAAAUUGAUGGAGGAACCGGUGGUCGAGGAUGAAGUGUAUAAGCUGCCGCACUACGAGAUCCAGAAAAAUCGCAUACAGGUGCCGAUCACCUUCCUGCAGGCGAGAUUCUUCUGGGAUCCCGCCUAUCCGAAUGCAUUGAAAUAUGCCACUUUGGGUGUGCUUCUCGCUCGCCAAAUGCUCCAUGGAUUCGAUGGAGUGGGCAGGCGUUACGACUCUUAUGGUUAUCAAAACAACUGGUGGGACAACACCUCGGAGAGUUCGUAUUCCCGCCGCACUCAGUGCUUCCAGGAGCAGUAUGCCAUCUUUGUGGAGUACAAGGGUAAGCCCGUUCAUGAUAAGGAUCUGCUGCGCCGAAUUGUGGCCGAUAAUGGCGCUUUGGAUAUCGCCUAUCGCGCAUAUCAGCAAUGGUUUAAGAAUGCGGCCGAAACUCCGGUUAUCUAUCAGCGGGAACGACUUCCGCUACUCGAUCACGACAACAAUCAGCUUUUCUACCUGGGCUAUGCGCAGCUGUACUGCACCGAUUACCCGGAAUCUCUGGAGCACUUCGAUGAGCUUCCCGAACAGCUGCGGAUCAACACGGCGCUAUCCAACUCUCAACCCUUCGCCAAUGCCUUCGGUUGCUCCAGGGACGAUAAGCUGAACGCCCGCUUCAAGUGCACCCUCUACUGAGAAAAUAAUAUUUGCCAUCCACAUUUAAUAGAUUUAUACCACCAGUCUACGAAAUAAAAGCUUUGAUGCACUUUCCAU